ACCGGGUUUAGGCAGUAUAAGAAGUAACCGAGGAUUAAAAAACAACUUAAAAAAAAAAAAAAACUCCCAUCCAAAUGCACUUGUCUUUUUGCGUGUAAUUAGAUGUAGCCAUAGCGGGUAAUUAGCGGUCGUUGACUAAUAUAUUUGCACCUCAAUCGCAACAUUUGCACGUCCCAUUGCACCUCCGGUGGGAGGCGCACACGCACUGAAGCAGAAUCCAGAAGCUCGCGACUUCCGUAUGCUUGAGCGGCGUAUAUAUGUGUUUCUCUUCAUGUCGCAAACUGCAUGCUUAUGGUGCAAUCUUAAAAUGUCGCAUGUUUUCCCGCCCCACAGCUGACAUAAAAACACGCAAACAAACUCCACUUUAUAAGUGUACGGUGGCGACGGUGAAGUGCACUGUGGACGGAUUUCCUUCAACAUUUCAUCACACGGUGGCUUGCUUUCCUUCCUUUUCCUCUGCCUGUUUUUCCUCUGUCUCCCUUCCUCUCUCUCAGUGUGUGCGUGUGUGCCUGCGCGUUAGCAGCCGCUGCCCGUGCCCGUCGAGUUGCUGUUUCGCUUUCCAGUUUCUCCUUGUGUUUGGAUUCACGCACAAAUCCUCGUGGGAUUCGUAAAAAAAAAAAAAUAUUAUAAUGUAUCCACCAGGAGAGCGAGCGGCGCGUCCAGGUCAAGUGCAGUAGCCGUUUGUGCGUGCGUAAAAGGAAAUAGUUAUUAAACUCGCGUCUGCGCAUGCAAAAAGAAAGAGUUUGCGCUAAAGAAAACACAACCUAAACACAUUUUCUUUCUUCUUCUUCUUUUUUUUUAAAUGCCAAUCUGGAACAGAGGCGGAUGGUUAAGGCUCUAAACCCAAAUUUACAGAUUACUCUGAGCGCAGUUGUAUUGAAGCUACACUUCUGAGCUUUCAUUUAAUUUAGCGCAUUCUGGAGAUACUGCAAUAGGAUCCCAUUAAAAGCUUCCAGAUUUGUCUCUUGAGGCGGGUUCGUUUCAGGUUGACUGCCUGUGACGCAGUUAAAGUCACCCCAGCCGCUUCCUAUAUGUCGGAUUUGGUUUUUUUUUUUUCCUCUCCAGCAAAAAAAAAAUAAAAAAAAAAUAAACAAAGACUUGCCAUAAUCAGCAAUUUCUGACAAACAAUAGAUACUCGCUGGACGUCGGUUUUGGAACAGGAAACUGGGUUUUACCGCUUGUGCUGAGGGGGGGGGAAUAGGCUGUGGGAAUCAGGUGCUGUGGACGCCGAUGAAAAUAAUCCGGACAGGCCCCACAGGUGAAACACCGACUUCCCUGAUGUAAAGACACUAGAAAGGUCAGCGCGCUAUUAAACGAAUAGGGUGUAGAAAAAACGCUGCGAUUCCGCAUUUCUAAAAAUAAAGAAUUGCAGAACAAAGUCCAGGCGUGACACAGCAAGUUGCGCUGCACGCGCAGCUGCGGCUCCGGAAAACACGCAGCACAGACGCGGAGAGGGGCUGUUGUAGCCGGGCAGAGGGAUGAAAGCCCAUGCUCACGGUGACGCUCUGUUCAUCCAACAGACCGCCAAAUCUGCUCGAUGGCUCGACCGAAGUAACGCCAGCAGAGGGGACCGGCGGAGACCCAGCAUCCUCAGCGCGAACACCACGUUCCUCGAAGCACACAGAGCGGAGCCGCGCGCCGCAGGCGGGCGCCUCCACAGCCGGGGGAGGAGGAGGAGAGGGAGGAGGACGAAGAGGGGAGCCGGACUCGGACUCGCCGACUUGCUUCGUGAGCCCGGCCAGUUUAGACGUCUUUCGAAGCAGGUCGAUAUUUCGCCCUCCCCGCCGCUCGUCCAGCGGAUACUUCUCCUUUGACUGCGACUCGCUGCCGAGCUCCCCGCUCUCUCCGCACCCAGUGACGGCUGACAAAGCCACGCAGACCCCCAGCCUCACCGGCCAGGUGAUGAACCACGCCCUGCAGCGAAUGGCUGUGGAGCACGGUGGACUCGGGCUUCUCGGGCACUCUCCCAACCACUAUAGCACUAUUAACGCGGCACGGGAUAUGCAGUCAGAAAUCUAUGGUCGUCAACUCCGUGCUAUUGGAGAUGACUUCAACAACAAGCUGAUGGUAAGGAGGAUGGCGAGAGGACACCAACGGAAUAUAGUCCCUCUAAACCUGAUGCCGCACAUCCAGCAGGAGCCUGUUGCCAUGCUUUGUGUCUGCCUUCUGCUCCUCCUGGUCGGACGAAUAAUGUACAUGCAAGGCAACACAAGCAGCCAUGACCACUCUCAGGUUUAGCCUUAGGAAAACCCAGCAGACGUAGCAUUCUUCUUGAGUAUGUUUUGAACAUAUAUCAAAUCUUGACUCUUUUAAAUAUAUAUGAUUUAAUAUGCCUGUUCCUUCCCCCUUUGAACUCUUCUCUUUUAGGAAGGAACUCUAAAAUGUUUGAUUUUCCCUAAUGGCCUCCGAGUCUCCAUCAUUUUACCAAAGAGGCAAGAUUUGCACUCCGUUUCUUGAACAGAGACAGUCAUUUGACCUGAAAAAAUAUGCCUGUGGAAAUUCAAACGUGCCUUGUACAGUUUGUUGUUUACUUUAUUAAGAUUGAUUUAAGUUGUGUUUUGUUUUUACUAUUGUACAGAGAUUAUGUGCUUCCUGAGCGACCACGGUCUGUGACCCAGAUUUGUUCAAGUUUAUGGGUCUAAAAUGAUUUUCUCUUAUUUUCCGCCUGUCAUGCCUUCAAAAUAUAAGUGCAUUUACAUUGUCAUAAUCUGUGUUCCCAAACUACGAUCAUUUUAAGGUUUUAUUUCCACAAAAUAUGUUGUUCUAUAUCAUCCUUUAAAACUGAUGUAAACAAAACUGCAUUUUUAUCCAGAAAGAAGAAAUAUAUUGUGAUUGUCUCAUAACAUUGACUUUAAACGCGAUGAAAAGUGUUUUACUGGUUGAUCCGGACGGCUGUAAACCUUCUUAGAACUGUCAUGCUGUUCAAAUGAUUUGGAAAUGGGAUUAUGAGAUGCAGCAAUACGACGGCGCAUUAUGACGUUUGUAGAUAGAAUAAAAUUAAGUAAAUUUUUGCCAAAAAAAUCUUCAAAAGUUUCUACAAAAAAAAACAAGAACAUUUCUGAUGUUGAAAAGUAAAAAAAAAAAUAAAAAAAAAUCUACACAAGAAAUCUAGAAACAUUUUGAGAUUAAUCACAGAAUUUUUUUGCGAAAACUUGGAAAUUUCUGAGUUUCAGAAGUCACAAAUUUUCUAUUUCAGAGUUCCUUUCUAGAACAUUUCUGAGAUUAGUUUGAAAAUUUCAGCGUUUUGCCUAGCAAAUGUUUCACUUUUUAAACUCUAAAAUUUUCUUGAUUUUGAAUUUCUUGAAUUUCUUGAAUUUCUGAGAUUAAUCUCAAAUAUUCCAGGUGUUUUCUGGCACGUUUCAAAUUGAGAAACUUCUUUAUUUUUCUAAAAAAUUUCUGAAAUUGAUGUUAACAAUUCUUUUUUCGCAGAAUUUCACACCCUCUUUUUCUACCCAUUCCAGAUUUUUUUUUUUCCCAUCUGCAAUGGGCCUCAUAUGCCAUCGUACAGCAAUAAUUCUUUUUUAAAAUAUCCUCCAGUCUUCCAUUUUUCUCGAAUUCAGUUUUAUUUUCAACAUAACAAAUGAAAUACCCAUUUUCCCAUGCAUUUCAUGUCAGAAAUACCUUAAAGAGCAUUUUCUGAUGUAGUUUCAGCACCAAAUGUUUAUUCAUUACUUCAUUCAAAAAUGGCAAUAAAAAACAAUUCUGUAUUCAGCAUUAAAACAAAGGUUUUGCACCGUUUUAACUCAAACCUACUGCUCAGUCAGCCACUGGUUAAAGCAAUAACUGUUACCUAACUAGCCCUACAAGCAGAGUGAUGUUGAUGAACAAAGUAACAAUUUAAAUCAAGUCAGUCAUUAAAACUAGUCAGUAGUGUCAUUUCUUGCUUUGCUGUUUAUUAAUCUAUAAACUUUUCCAUUGCUCUGCAAUAAGUGAUCAAAUUUUACGGUCUUCCCUCAUCUGGUUUUCUCGUUAGCAGCCAGGGUGAAAGUAACCAGCAGGUUUUGGUUUGUUGACAAUUUUCCGUUUAUUAGCACAGUGAUUCAGACUGAGCCAAGUCUGCUCAUGCCUGCCAGGUCAUUAAACACUCGGAGAGGUUUCUGGAUAGCAUCCAGCCGUGGCUAAAACAGUGAAGGGAUGGGUGGGGUUUUUGUUUUGGAAUGAUUGGCUAUUAGUAACCAAACUAACAGAGAAAAUACAAUGGUGAAGAUGAAAGAAACAUUUAGAUUUUAAGCUGUGCACAUUAAAACUGUUCAACUGUUAUGAAGAGAAAAAAAAGUUUUGAGUAUUGUUAUAAAAUCUUCUUUUGGUGGAACAAUAGUCUUUUCCAUUUUGAUUUUUAGAACUCUGCUUCAAAAGGCCCACAGCUGUUAAUAGGCCUGGACCGGCCGGAACGUAUAGUAAAGUUUUAGAAAGUCACAGUUUCAAAACUUUCUGCCGUAGACGGUUUUCCUGCUUUCCUUUUCUCCCCCAUCCGUCAUGUCUGUUCUUUUCUUUCCCACUUUUCUUAGUUUCCUCCCUGCUUUGUUUACUUCCUACUUUUCGUACCUUUCGUCCUGUCUGUAUUUUCUUCGGUCCCUCUUUUGUUUUUUCCCGUCCGUUCUUCCGAUGUUUCCUUCUUUUUUUUCCCCUGUUUUGUAGAACUAGAACUGAAGUAAAUUAAUCGUCAAAUGUUAUGUUUGUGAAAAUUGGUCAUAGAUUCUAGAAGAAUAUUUCUAAAUUGAGGACUGGCCAGUUCAGAGUCUGGACAUGAAAAAUGUGUAGAAACUGCACUUUUACGGACAAAUUGGGCUACAAAUUCAAACAGUCAUGCUGCGGAAGCUAUAAAUCGUGCACAGUUUUUAAAAUAUUUGUGUAAAUUAAUGUGAAUUUUAUCGUAUUUGUGGUAAAGUAUCACACCACGAGACUCUCGUACCAGCUCAAGCCUAGUUGCUAAUUUACCAACCGGUGAUGCUAACAGGCUAGCUUCACCAGUUUCACAUCCAGAUAAAAUAGUUUCCAGUACCUGCUACUGCAUCUUUACUAAGUACUUCACAAAGUGACACAUUUGAAGUAAUAAUGAAAUUGCAGCUUACAAAUUAAAAUCAGCAUGUUAGCUAAUUUCCCCUAGCAUCAUUAUCACAAUCUGUGACACAUACGUUUUGAUGAAAUAGUCUUCUGAAUGCAUAACGCUAAACAAAAGAGAGCAGUCAGUAAUCAUAGACAGCUAUUAACAUUGUUAAAUAUUAGUCCAAAUGAAUCUACGCUUCAUGUCUCAUAUAGUUUUAACAUCCAUGUAUCACACUAAUUUCCUUUUUUUGUUAUGUUGGAGAGACGCUUUCCAUGUAACUAUUCUGAUUAGUUAAAGCGAUGCCGUUGGUUUUUUCUUCCCCCCUUUAAAAUGCACAAAGCUUGUCUUCCUUCCUCUUCACCAGUGUUUAGCUGCUUUGCUUCUCCUUCACUGUGACACUGAGAGCGCUGUGACUGCAUGCUGAUUUCUGAUAUUGUGCCAUGUGAAACCUACAACCUCAUUUUGAAAUACUGUGUUACAGCCGGUGUGCGAGAGGAGAGCAUUUCAGGGAGGAAACCGAGAGACGAUUUACUGCUUUCUGAAACUGAUAUGGAAACCUUGUAAUGAGCAUAUUGUUCGCAUGUCUUCUGAAGGUGUUCGAGCACAGAAACGCUUCUGCUCGUGUUUGUUGUGUAUGUGUGUGUGCGUAUGUUUAUGACACAUUCAGGGUUUUAAUGACUUGCAUCAAGCACUGCUGGAAUGACUGUGUCAAAUUGUGUUGCCCAUUUCGGUUUAUUUGACUUUUGGACCAUGUGAAAGCCACAACCUUUAGCAGAUAGAUAAUUGUUGCUUGCUGUAAUGCAGGAGGAUGGCCUGUUAUUUCAUUGGAAACGUUAGACAGGUUAAACGCAGGAAACUUGUGGGACCCAGAGACACUGCAGCGCGCUGUGCUUUCGCUGAAAAUGUUGUAAAUGCUUCUAUUGAACUUUAGAUAUACAGGAGCCAAAACAAAAAAAUACAAAAACAAGAAUGACUCCAGAUGACCCAGUACAAGUGUAGCAACCAGUACGUUUUGUUUAUAUUGUAAACUAUAACAAAAAUUCAAUUGCUUCCAAUUUCUGUCCUGGAAACAAUGCUUUUACAACUUUGUACAUUAAAAGAAAUGAAUCAUGUUGUAUGAUGUGAUUUUUUUUAACAAAUAAAAAUGAUUUUUUAAAAUA